GACCACGAUAGACGCAGAAGGACUCCCAAGGGCCUUAGUUUGCAUCCUGGGUUCACCUUACGAGCCAGGAUCCACUCACUUGAGAAGGAAAUCUAUAACUGUGAAGGACCCAAAUAGGAGUGGGCCGGGAAAAAAAAAAACCAAGUAGCUAGAGUCAAAGUGAAAAACAAAAAAUAACAAGCAAUGUAUUAAUGCUUCUGUCACAACAGCCAAGUUCUCAAAAUGAUCACUAAUAGCCACAUUCAUAACAAAGCAACAGGAUCAGUACUUUGAACCCAUGCAGAUCAUUUUUGAACGAUUUUGGUAUCACUAUUAGCAUCAUAAGGCACCAUGUGCACCUGUCAUAGAAAGUGUGACAAGCCAUACAUUAGAGCAUUAGGCAGUGCAAACUGUUAACAUGUUCCCUACCCCUAUGAAAACCAUAAUUACCAAGUCAACGGAAAAGCAAACCAACAGAAUCUAUACUUCUAAUUUCUGUAGAUUUGAGGAACAUGUUUGAUAAUUUCCUGUAGAUUUGGAGACCUUGUUUGAUAAUUUUUGUAGGAAUCUAGGUAACAUUACUUUCAAUCUGUACCUAUUAAUUUUAUUAAACUCAUGUUGCAGCUGAAAUAUGAGCAUAAAUUUGUUAUUAAUAGCUGGACUUGGCUAUGCAAUGACUAUGGAAUCAACAGUAGAUUCACCACCUCGGUCUUUCGACUAACUUCCAAAGGAUAAUCUUAAACAAUAAAUUGUGCGGGUAGACAACCUCAUUCGUGUCAAUCGUAUCCCUCCAUAGCAACUAAAUUUCGUGAGGAACCCAACAACCAAGAUGAGGUGUUAAACCUCAAUGUCGACAACCUACCUAGAUGCACAUAAGACAUUUUGAGUUUACAUCAUGUUGGCAUAAAUCCAAAACAUUUUUGUCCACUUCUGAGUUUGGCAUGUUCCUGAGUUUAUUCUGAAUUUCUUAUUAAUCCAGUUAUGUUAACUCAUUCAUUUACAGCAGUAUGAUCAACAAAGAGAAAAAAACAAUCAAGUCCUUCUGGCGUUCAUCAUAUGAUUUUGUAAUUUCCAACUCACCAGAAAUUCUCAACCUGUCCUCGUCUUUUCAAAGAAGUCAAAGCUAAGGUUCCAAUGUAAAAAUGAGGGCAAAUAUUGGUACCAGAAAGGAAAAUCCAAGCCUUAAUAAAGAAAAACAUAGCAUUUACACAAUCAGGUAAAGGAUAAAAAUUGCCAGCUUAGUUUUAUUCUGCAUCUAACAUAUAAAAAAUAACACGUAUACCACCAAAUUAGAUUAUUCGAGUGUACACCAUUGCAUUAAUAGAUCACAAAAUAAUCCAGCCGUUACAAUACCAUAUGAUACAACUCGGUGACAAGUGUGGCACUGCUUUCUCUUCAAAGUUUGCGCGAGGUUCCACAGCAUAAAAACUUGAAUGUGAGGAAAGGAUAUAAGAAACCAACUUGACAAGGUAGCUUGGAUUUACAGAAGUUCAUGCAAACAAAAUAUAAAAUGAUACUAAGUUAUGAGAAAGACUGAACUCAGUUUCCAUGUAAAAAUAGACAACUGCUCCAGAAAAUAAAAGUAACACGGACAUUAAUAACGACCUUAAUCUAAAUAGUUUGACUCUAAUUUUUGCAAUGUAAGUUGGCGGGAAAGGACAGAAUACCAGCUGGCAUGUAAUACAUUGCAGCACCUUUACUCUAUAAUACCUCUAACUUUUGCCAGUUAACUACUCGUACUGAACUCCUCCACCGAAUCCCCAAACUGUGGCUUCAUCGAUUUCUAUUUAAAGUAAUAUUUGCAUCCCCAAAAACUCUGCAACCACUUGAUGCACUUCAUGUAUCAACCUGUUCGCUCAACUCAUAAGUGCAAAAAUUUAUUAUCCCUUUCUAGACCAUAAAUUUGGGAUUUCUUUCUCUGUACAGCAUAGCUCAUAACCAUGAGAAAUUUAAUUUUCCAGAAGCCUGAGGUGAGAGUAGCAGUUGACGUUACAGGUAGUCUCAGUUAUGGUUGGCAGCAUAUACGAAUUCCUGUGAUUGUACCCCUUCUAUCUAUAGCAAUUCACUUAUGUUUGGGGAUGUCUAUUAUGCUUUUUGUCGAACGAGUUUACAUGGCCAUUGUAAUCAUAUGUGUAAAGUUGUUGGGGAAGAAAAGGUACACCAAGUAUAAGUUGGAUGACCUGAAAGAAGACCUAGAGCGCAACAAAAGCUAUCCAUUGGUGUUAAUUCAAAUACCCAUGUACAACGAAAAGGAGGUUUACAAGCUUUCAAUUGGGGCUGCAUGUGGGCUUUCAUGGCCAUCAGAUUGCUUAAUUGUCCAGGUCCUUGAUGAUUCCACCAACGAAGUCCUAAGGGCUUUGGUGGAGUUGGAGUGCCAAAAAUGGGUAGAAAAGGGGGUGAAUGUUAAGUACGAAACAAGGAAUAACAGGAAUGGAUACAAGGCUGGAGCCCUUCGCGAUGGACUGCAGAAGCAAUAUGUGCAAGAGUGUGAAUUUGUAGCAAUAUUUGACGCAGAUUUUCA